AUGGUGGCCAAGGAGCACCUGGCAGCACAAAUGAACCAGCUGCCAAGAGAUGAGAUUCACUCCAAAUGGCUAACGGGAGGGCAAACGAUCCUGAUCCAGAAGGAUCCCUCAGAGGGCACACAACUACUGGGCAAUAACCCGGCUCUCCACAACACAGAAGGACAGAAGAAUUGUCGGAAAUCGUUCCCCUCUGCACAGGAGAAAGGCAGCUUCCUGUCUGUCUGCGCUGGUGAAAAUAUUACUUUAGAAUGUUCCUCUAAAGAUGAUAAUUUAGUUCAGAUCUACUGGUACAAGCAAAGUUUGGGACAAAAGCCUAAAAUUAUGUCCAGUUUCUAUGAAUACACUUCACAGAAGAAAUUUUAUGAGGAAUUUGAGAUUGACUCACGCUUUGAAUUGGAUGCAAAAGGCAAAAAUCAUCACUUGAAGAUUUUUAAGUUGCAAUUUUCAGACUCCGCUACAUAUCACUGCAUAAGUUCUGAUUCUUACUCACUUACAUUUUUGAAGAGCUUUAUUGUCUAUGUGAAGGAUGCUUCUUUUUAUCUCAAGGAUUCAGUGGAUCAGUCAUCCUUUAAGAACAUCCAUCCAGGAGACUCUGUGACUCUGAACUGUACAGUACACACUGGGAGCUGUGAUGGAGAACACAGAGUUUACUGGUUCAAAGACUCUGAAGACUCUCAUCCAGGACUCAUUUACACUGAUGGAGGCAGGAAUGAUCAGUGUGAGAGAAAUAACAACACAAAAACACACAGUUGUGUCUACAAUCUCCACCUGAAGAACCUGACUCAGUCUCAUGCGGGGAUUUACUACUGUGCUGUUGCCUCAUGUGGACACAUUUUGUUUGGAAACGGGACCAAGCUGGACUUCAAAGUUCCUCUGAACUCUGUGAUUCUUCACACUUUGGUUGGAUUAUUGACCAUCAUCAGCGUCCUCGUUGUUUUUCUGCUUUUUCUUUUGUGGAAGAUCAACAAGAGAAACAACUGCACCUCCACAGGUACACAAACUUAUUUCACUGUUCAACAAAUGCAUUCUGGAAAUUAAAUGUUUCUGUGUUUAAUAACCAGAAGAAGGGUCAUCUGCUGCCCCCUUAAGAAGCUCAGAGGUGAGACUCAACUCUCUUCAGUUAUCAUGUUCAUCUUGGAUUCACAAAAAGCUCAUAUUAUGAAUCUUUUCUGUCAAUUUGGUUUCAGGUUGAGAACAAAGACACAGAAAGUCUCCAUUAUGCUGCUAUAAAUGUGAAGAGGUCCAACAGAUCAAGACAGAAGAACGACACCAACAAAGUCUGUGUUUAUUCGAGUGUAAGACAACAGAACCUUUAGACCAUGUAUUAAUGAUCUUUAUAAAAAAAAUAAAAAUAAAAACUAUGCAAGCAUUUUUUC